GUGGAGAUGAAGAACGAUGAGGAUUCAUCGUCGGAACAAAGAGUCAUCCAUGAAUACGAUUUCUUCGACGAAAACCGCACCGGCCCCAUACUCAGUCACAUUCUCCCAAUCGAAAGAGAAGCAACGCAGAUGAACAACUGUGAUGGUUCAACGACAUCAAAACAAAGAGUAGUCUACGAAUACGAUUUUUUCGACGAAAAUUGCACUAGCCCCAUUCGUACUCACCUUGUCCCAAUCGGAACAGAAGCAACUCCAGCAGGUAUGUUUGAAGUGUUCGAAAAGACACUUGAGGCCAUGGACGUGUCGAACACGCUUUUCGUGAGGGGGAGCGAGAGAGUUAUGUGGUUUCUUAGAGAAGAAGAGAGAAGGAAAGUAGAGAGAGGAGGGUUUCUUGAGGUGGAAACAAUAGAUCCAAGCGGCAACGGUUACAUGAUGCGGUUGAAGCAUAGCCAAAUCUUCGUCGGCGUGGCUGAGAUAAGUGGAGAAUGGUUCAAGCUUGUUAAUGACAACAAAUUGAAGAAAGGGGACUACGUUUAUGGCUGGGGAUAUCGCAAAGAUGGACACUUUUGCAUCGCCAUCAAAUACCUUAGGUUUAAGGCCUCAUGCGAUCAAGAUGAAGAAUUGCAAUAAAAGUUUACUCCUACCGUUUAGUUUUGACUUGAGUCAAAUUUUAACUUGUUGAUGUGAUUGAAUUUAUCUUUUAGUUUUCUAUUAGUAAUAGGAUUUUUUGUUGCCUAU